UACUUUGUCAAGACCAGUUGUGGUGGUUGACAUUGAUCAACUUGUCUUUUGUCGUUGAAGCGUUUGCGUCAUUUACGGACUGGGCGCAGCGCCGCUUUGCUUUCCCACCCCAAGAAGUGCAACGCGUUGUCGACUUCCCGCCUCCCGGCGUCGCGACCUUCUCCACCACCACCUCUCGCUCGCUCGCUCUCAACUCUCUCUCACUCUCCUCCUCCUCCUCCUUCCACCGCAUUACCCUUCCCCUCGAACCUUUCCCCCCACCCAAACCUUCUUCUCAUCAGAAGGCUUCGUCUAUCCUCUUCUCCUUCGCAUCCUCCUUCCAUUCCCCCCUCCUGAUUAAUUUCCGACUCCCGGUUGCGCAUCAUGGCCGAGGAUACCCCUGCUGCCUCGGCGCCCGCCCCCGACGCCGGUGAGUCGUCCGUCGAACGCGCUCCCGCUGAUGCUCAGCCUGCUGCUGAGUCUGCGCAAGAGCCUUCCAAGGAGAAGGAAGAGCAGCAGACCAAUGGUCCUGAGGACAAGCCAUCUGCGACCGAAACUGCCACUGAAGAGGAGAAGAAAGAGCCCGCCCCAGCAGAGGCCGAGGAAUCGAGCGCACCCGCCGAGUCUGCCGACGCGAAGAAGUCCGAUGAGAGUGCGGCCGCGCCUGCAGAGCCCGAAGCCGCACCAGCAUCGGAGGCCAACGGCACACCCGCAUCCGCUAAGAAGUCUGGCGCCGCGAAGCGGAAAUCGACUGGCACCGUGCCCGAGCACAAGUCUAAGCUGAGCAGAAAGAAGUCCCAGAUUCGUACCACACAUUUGAACGCACAGCCCGGCGAGUACUACCUGGCGCGUCUCAGGAGCUUUCCCCCAUGGCCCUCCAUCAUCUGCGACGAGGAAAUGCUCCCUCAGACUCUAUUGAACACGCGUCCCGUGACGGCUCAGCGCCCCGACGGAACCUACAGGGAGGACUACGCCGAUGGCGGCAAACGCGCUCACGAGCGGACCUUCCCCGUUAUGUUCUUUGAGACGAACGAAUUCGCGUGGAUCCCCAACACCGAUCUGACCCCUAUCGAUGCUGCUGGCUGCAAGGAGGUGUCGGAGAAGGGCAAGUCGAAAACUCUCUUGGCUGCGUAUGCUGUGGGUGCCGAGGGCCAUGACCUUCAGCACUUCAAGGACCUGCUGGCAGAUCACCAGCGUGCCCUGGAGCAGGAGAUCGAAGAAAGGGAGGCCCAGGCAGCUGCCAAGGCCGCCGCCAAGGCAGAGCGCGAGGCCAAGAAGAACAAGCGCAAGAGCAUGGACGUGGUCGAUGACGAAGACGUCGACAUGGACGAUGCUGAUGAGGAGACGAAGAAGCCCAAGAGCACCAAGAAGCGCAAGAAGGACAAUGACUCUGAGGCCCAGAGCGAUGAGAAGCCUGCGAAGACUCCCAAGACCACCACGAAAUUGAAGUUGACUACCCCCAAGACUCCGGCCACCGAAUCUGGAAAGAAGGCCCCUGCUUCCAAGGGCAAGCAGACCGCAAGCAGCAAGAAGGCCGCUAAGGCUGCUGCUAGUGAUGAUGGAGAGGAGUCUCGCGCGGAAUCCAAGGAGCCCGAGAAGAAGUUGACUCAGGAGGAAGCCAAGGAUAAGAAGGAGAAAGAGAUUCUCUUUAUCCGUCACAAGCUUCAGAAGGGAUUCAUUUCUCGCGACCAGCCACCCAAGGAGGAAGAAAUGACUCAAAUGUCCAACUUUUUCGGCAAACUUGAGAAGCACGCGGACCUUGAAGUCUCCAUUAUCCGUGCCACGAAGAUCAACAAGGUCUUGAAGAUGAUCGUCAAGCUCAGCUCUAUCCCUCGCGACGAGGAAUUCCAGUUCCGGGCCCGUGCGAUGAGCAUUCUGUCCAAGUGGAAGAACUUGCUGGAUGCGGAUGCCACCGGACCCUCGGAUGACAAGGAGAAGGGAGAUAAGCCCAAGGCCAACGGUGUCCACAAGGAGAGCAGCGUUGAGACGCCGGCUAAGGGUGAUACCGAGAACGAGAAGGAGGAUGAUACCAAGGAGAGCAAGGCUGACACUGCGGAGCCGCAGGAUGAGCCGAUGCCCGAUGCCGAUGCAGCAGAGAAGCUACAGGCCCCUGAGUCGGCUACGGAGGAGACUGAGAAGGGAGCUCCCAAGACCGAAGAACCUACGACGGAGAAGUCCAGCGAAGAGAAGCCAACCGAGGGCAAGGCGACGGAGGAAAAGGCCGAUGCUGAAAAGACAGAGGAGAAGGCUGAUAAUGAGAAGACGGAAGAGAAGCCAGUGGAGACGGCAGCAUAAAGGUGAUGCUGAUGGAAGUUGUUUGCCGUUGUUACCACCCACAUUGAUUGUGGCGUUUUGUUUACUUGCCUUAGUUUAUGGGCCUCUGUGCUGUGACUCCUCUCUGCGUUGUCUUGUUUUUUUUUUUUCUUUUCUUUUCUUACUAUCCAAUCCAACCAAAUCACCCUUUUCUUCUUCUUCCUACUCUUGGAAUCAAAAUUCACGAAGCUGGAAAAAAGUCAAAUACAUGCAAGCGUCGUUGAAAGCAUCCUUAUUUUUUAUCAUGGGAAAGCUCACCAUCGUCUCUUUUGCCAUUACGGAGUACCAUCUGUACAUCCAUCAUCCAU